AUGUAUUCUACGACCCAUCAGCCUGCUCGCUACGAUUCCUGGUUUGCUUCCGAAGACGAUAACGGAACUUAUUACAUCACGGACCUCGAUGACGAUUCAUAUCAUACCACGCAUUUCGUAUCAAAUGAUCCAUCAAAUCGCUCGGAUAUCAUUUACACGUCAUCCGGACACUCGCAGACCCCAUCCAUAGACUUUCAAGUAUUGUUAGAUACGGACAAACCAUCUUGUAUUUCUAGUUUAGCUUCCCUUAAUUAUCUCUCUCGCCAAUCAUCAACGGAUAGCCAAACCUCAAAUUCAUCUUCGGUCUCAGCCACGAUCUCGGACUCAGAUAUCGACAUCAAGGCGCAACUCAAGCUUAAUACCCCCAAGUCCCUGUAUCUAUUAUUCAAGGCCAAUCGGCUUCCAGUAUUGGAUCAGUUCGGAGAUCGAUGGAGACUACUCUGCCCUGAGUGCGGAAGCUGGUGUCAAACCAGUGUGCACACAGCCUUACCUCUAUGCACCCCCGGUCAGUUCAAGUCGCUCACUAACCACCGAGGCAGUAAGAAGUGUGCUGCUACUGCUUCCAAAAAGCAAAAGCACAACACUCAGAAAGCUGGCACAAUGAUCAAGCCUUCCUUUCAAUCUGAUCAACCCAGCAACGCAUAUGAUCGGAACAUUAUGUGUUCUGAUAUCAGCUCGCUUAAACGCGACAUUGUGUGUCCAGGCAUUCCCAUCAACUGGCCUGACGACCUCCACACAUUCGCUAUGUCCUUUCCUUGGGCACGAUACCACGACAGACCCGACGGACUACCGUUUACUGUCGACAUCACAGUUCCCCGACUCCCUCAUGCUCGAUCGAAACUCUGCACACAUCUCACUAUUCGGGAAGAUUUCCCGUGUGAAGAGUGUGAAACGGUCUUGAGUGAGGAUGGUGUUGAGGGUGUUGGUCCUGGAGAGUCGCAGGGAGAGAAUGACGACGAAGAAGUCAUGUUGACGUUCGAAGAGGCCUUGAUUGAUGACUCUGACUCACCUGCUGAUGCCCCCCCAGCUCAGUCUAACCAGCCUCGCACUCAAGAUUCUUCGUCCCCACCACUACCGCAAGGCCCAGGCAUCCGUCCCGACGACUAUCUGUUGUAUAACGGCCGCUGGAUCCACAAACAGACGGUCUGUCGUCUCAUCAUCAAUAAAGACUUCAUCUCGAAAUCACUUAACCGACUCGAGCACGUCCGCGCUGGCUAUACUAAAGUCAACAAGUGCAUCGAUAUGUCAGCAGGUCGCAUCACUAACCAGAACUUAUUCCUCGUUGGUGAUAUCUUCGUGACCAUCCUGCGCUCCAGUCGGACACUUUCUAUUGCCGUUCUUCGGUCGACAGCAGCUAGCCUUUGCGGUAUUUCUCACUCGUCAAUCAACAUAGGCGUGAUGAAGGCUUCAAGAACCACGGCAAAGAUAACUGGCCAACUGCUCACCAUCAUCGCUACUCACCUCUCAGCUGAUGUUUCACAGAUGUUCUUAUGGGACGGCGGGUAUGUUACUGCGUGUUCGGUAAUUCAAGGGUCCUCGGAGUCUACAGAACGCAGUGUCGUCGUAACCAUCCCAGGUUCUCUUGUCGAGCCUGUCAACCCCGAACCUACAUUCAUUCGGCUACGCGACGAUAUCAACGUGGACGACUUCUUGCAAGUGAGGGGGGGGCAGAGCACAUGGCAGAUCUCACGGGACGCUCUGCAAGCAGCUUGUGACCUGCUAUGGGCAAAAGCGGUAGAGAUAAAUGUCCCUCUCAAGUCAAUUGCAGUUGUUACUCCUUCAGACGAGACCAAAUUUCCUUAUAGACGCUUGGAUGGUACUCCUGCUGUCAUUUCUAUGGAGGCCAGUAAUUUGCUGGGAGCAUCCGAAGGGGAUCGAAUCUCUGUGUGUCCCCUUUGCGAAUCAAGUGUCCUCAAUAUGCGCAAUCACAUGGGUCAGCAUAUCCUGCACGCACUCAGUAACACACCAGAGGAGGUCGUUUUGAAAGAACCUGUCGGCGACACACUUCCGUGUGGCUUUUGUGGACGUUCUGAUCGACCAGAGUGUGCUAUCACCGUCACUGUGCCUGCAAAAGCCGCCACAACAUGGGACACUAAAUGCAUGUACCAGCACCAAUUCCGUUACGCGUCCGCCGAGACCGGUUCCAAGAAUACACCAUGCCGCAACCUGCCACUGAAAUGUGAGCUUUGCCAUCCCAUUCUCCCUCCAGCGCCUGGCAAGACAACGAGAAAGACGGCUGUCGUCCCGGUCGGUGCCGUUUGGCGCUACAAUAUGCACAAGCAUAUCUUCCGGGAACAUGAGGAAUAUAUGGUGCCGGGACAGAGAGAUGUUGGCUUACCGCUGCCCGCAAAUGUUUGGAGGGAGAUGAAGCUCACGGACUUGGAGCAAACGGCUUCGCACAUCCCCAAGACGCAUUGGCAGCCUUCCUACACUCCUCCGGGCGAGAUUGGAAAAGAGAACAUUCCUCCAUUAGUUUCCCAUGGUUCCAAACGUGCUGCUCCGCAAGCAGGCUCUUCCCGUCCUUCAAAGAAGAAAGGGCCUAUCUUUCAACCUGCUGCCCGCCGUGGCGCAGCACAAUGGCUGUUUGAUGAGAGGAAUGUCCAGCCGAGGACGUUGGUAGACUCCAGGAAGCAGAAGAAGCAAAAGGUGCAGAUACAGAAGGGACAGGGACAAGAGGCAGGGAGGGCGCGGACACAACCACGCGCACAGAUGAGCAUGUCGGCUGCGUUGACCGACACAGAAUUGGAGGUGUCAGAUUCGUCAUUCACAUCGCCUGAAACCGACAAGAGUUUCGGUGCUAAAGGAUAUGACGACAAGAACCCCAACAAGAAGCGGCUUCGGGCAUCGGCGACGACAGAGGGCAAGUGGACCCUGCUGUUCAAUGUCGUGCAAGCUGCCAUGUAUGCGAUAUACAAGGACACGUUCCCGAAACCUUCAGCUGCAUUCCCCUUUCGUGCCAUGGACGUUAUCAGUAGCCCGCCGAAGCGUAUAUGGUCCUCCCAAUUAUGUAAUACUCCCGUCCCGGACGACACCACCACCCAGAAGCCAGAUAUCAUUCUGGUAGAUUGCAAUCUACGCAACCUCUCAUUGCGAUGGUGCAACAUAAUCACAUGCGUGGAGCACACAGAUAGCGAACUCGACAUAUCCAUACCUUUGUACUGUGGCAGCGGCACCAAAGGGCAGCUUCGCCUUCACUACUUUGACCGCUCGGGUCUGAUCAGUUCAUGCCCCGUCAACAUCUAUGAUUAUCCUGUGCAUCUUCUUGAGGUUUUAAACACAUUGACGCUCGCGCACACCAACAACCUCGGGUAUGAUCCCACAAUGCACAUGUGCGAUCCUACCUGCAAGGGCUCGCACACCAAUCUGAGGGAGCACGCAAUAGGCUGGGUAGAGAGCUAUGAUCAAGCGAUUCUAUCAAUCAUGAGUGUGCUUUGGCGAAGCCAAGGUUUCUUUUCUCGUGGCACCAUCUGUUAUCAUGUUCAGACCUCGGAUGGGACGGAGUACGCACUCAAAGACUGUUGGGUCGCGGAGAAGAAGAAAUACCACGAGGUGACCGUUCUCAAGAUGGUUGAAGGGAUCCAAAAUGUAGUCAAGCUCGUGGCUGAUUGGGAUGUCCUCUACGAUGGGGAGUCGGACUGCACGUAUCGCAUUCGAGCUUCCCAUGGUGUUUGUAGCUCUAGGUUCAUUCGCAGAUUCCACCGGCGCCUUCUGUUGACCCCCUGCGGAGAACCGCUUGUGCUCUACUCCUCGAAGCUUGAGCUGUUGAAAGCCUUCCAUGACUUUGUCACAGCUCAUGCUUUAAUGCUCGGAAAGCACGUCCUCCAUGGAGACUUGAGCCCGAACAAUUUUAUCCUCCAUGAUGGACGAGGGUAUUUUAUUGACUUCGAUCAUGCUCGGAUUCUUGCGGAGGGCACCGAUAGCAUUCCUUCAGAGGGCACGGGUACUAGGCCCUAUAUGUCAAUUCGUCUUCUCCGGGAGGGUAUUGCAAAGAAUAAUGCAAUGAUCCAACAUACAGCAAGUGAUGACCUGGAGUCGUUGUUUCAUAUCUUUGUCGAAUUUGCGACGACCUUCGAUGGGCCACGCGGCUUAAUGAGAGAUGAGAACAGGAGGCCCUUGUGGGUUCAUAAAUUUGAGAGCGCAGACGACGACCCCUGGGUGGCAAAGCAGGCAUAUGUGCUUGCACCUCGCAAGGACACGUCGUUGAUGGACAAAACGACUCCAUUCUUCGCACCGUUCAGUCAAAUUACACAGGAUUGGCGUCAUCUAAUUCUAGCAGCAGCCAGCGACUCGAGCGACCCGAGCGACCACCCCGUUGGCGUAACUCAUGCAGUGCUUACGGCGCUCCUGGAAAAAUGGACCUCUCAGCUCCCCCCGGAUGCGCCCACAGAAAUUAUGGUGCCCGUGGCAUCAUCAUCGAGAUUGGGUCAUCCUCCACCCGACGAUGCCCAAUCAUCCGCGCGUCUUUGUCGGUCUACGCGCAUCCAACAGCAACUGUGAUAGCCCUCAAACCCUCCUCAUCCUUCCCACAUCCAAAUGAGAGUGCCAUAACCUCUUCUCGCACGUCCUUUCUGUAUAUGUUUUGUUUUGCAACGAAUUUUGGUAUAAUAUAGUAGUACACCACGUGCCAUAUAUUACAUACCUUCCUGGUCCGAAUAUCAAUGACGGAAUGUUUGAUACCCGUGGAUCUGAGGGAGCCUCCUCUGGAGAGGUCCUAGGUAGAUAGGCUGUAAACACUAAGUAGAUAUCCCCAAUUGUAAUACAUGCAACUUUAAAACCUCCUCGUAGAUUGGGGUCUGUCAGACUACUUUCCCAUAACC